AUGUCAGGUACAGAUAGGAAGUUCCGGGUGAGAGGUGAGGUGGGAGGAAGUAGAGAGGAGACGUUGGUGGAAGUGGCAGCAGAGGAGUUUUCCAUUUACAGAAAACCUGCAUAGAGUACAUCAAUGAGGAUGGAGGAGGACCAGAGUCACAUGACUGAGAAGAUGCUAAACCUCAUCCUGGAGACCAUCUACCUGCUGACUGGAGAGAGUUUUCCUCCUGUGAAGUCUGGAGAUCAACUGACCAUCACAGUACCUCCACUUUACUCCCUGAAAGCUGAAAUAAACAGCAAAAAGAAGAUUCUAGAAGUUACCCAGAAGAUGAUGGAGCUGCUGACAGGAGAGGUGAGCGGUGCCGGGAAUUCUUUGACAUUCUCCAGUAACAGACAAGGGAUGUGUCUGGAUGGUGACUGUAUCAUUGUGUGUGUGUCAGGUUCCUAUAAGGUGUCAGGGUGUCGAUGGAUCCAGUAAUGGGAACCCACCAGAGAGAUGUCCCCGUCCUCUGUAUUCCCAGGAUUCCACACAGGAAGGUCACAUCAUCCCUCACCAUCAUCAGGGUGAAGAUCUGAUGAAGAUGAAAGUUGAGGGUGAAGUAGAAGAGACGUAUGUGAGGGAUGAUCAGCAAUAUAUGGAGGAGGCUGGAAUGAUGAGGACAUUCAAAGAGGAGGACACUCCUACAGAGAUCAGCACAGGACACUCCAUCGAGGAACCCUCAAAGGAUCGUCUCACUUUAUCUCCAGGUUGUAAAAUGGAAGAUGAGGACAUCACAAGAGAUUGUGUCGGAGAAAACACGAUGAGCUCGGCUAUCGGUGGUGCUCUUCUCAGUGUAGAUAGACUAUGGAAUCCCUCUGACUUUGAGCAACAUUUGAGGGAUGGUGUCAAAAUUCAGAGGGAAGAAAAGUUUUCCUGUUCUGAAUUGUGGGAAAUGUUUUACACGGAAAUCAUUCCUUGUUGGACAACUGAGAUCUCACACGGGGGAUAAGCCAUAUUCCUGUCCUGAGUGUGGGAAAUGUUUUAUUCAGAUAUCAAAUCUUCUUAGACAUCAGAGAUUUCACACAGAAAAGCCGUAUUCCUUCCCCGAGUUCACAAAUUGUUUUUCACAGAAUAAAAGCCUUGUUGGACAUCAGGGAUUGCAUACAGGGGAGAAGCCACAUUCUUGCCCUGAAUGUGGGAAAUGUUUUACACGGAAUUCAAACCUUGUUAGACAUCAGAUAUUGCACACAAGCAAGAAGCCGUAUUCUUGCCCUGAGUGCGAGAAAUGUUAUUCACAGAAAAUACACCUUGUUCUCCAUCUGAGAUCUCACACAGGAGAGAGGCCGUAUUCUUGCCCUGAGUGCCGGAAAUGUUAUUCACGGAAACAACACCUUGUUAGACAUUUGAGAACUCACACAGGGGAGAAGCCGUAUUUUUGCCCUGAGUGCGGGAAAUGUUUUUCAAGGAACUCUCACCUUGUUAGACAUCAGAGAUCUCAC